CAUUCAUGUCUGGAUUGUGCAUCUUAACGACAGAGGUAUCUGUUCUCCAUUUUGCAGCCGCUCGGACCCCAUCUGGGAGUUUCCUAGUUCUUAAGCUUUAGUCCCGACUUUCCCCGGGCUGCGUUUCUUCUCCUGAACUUUUCUUUUUUGUGCGUGCAGAGAAAUCAAAGAGAAAGGGGAGGACCGGGACUGCGGACAGCUGAACAAAGAGGCUCGCGGGGUCUUUGUUCUUUUUUCUGUUUGGAUCGAUUGAUUGUCUUUGUUCGCGCGAGCAGCAGCAUCAUGGGAGCGCAGCUGUCUCACAGCGGCUUGAGGGCAGAGCCCGCCGGGGAGCCCAAAACCAACGGACAGGAGAACGGCCACGUCAAAGCCAAUGGGGACGUGUCUCCUGCUGCAGCUGAGAGCAGGAAAGAGGAGGCGCAGACCAACGGCAGCGCCACCGCCGAGGAGAGCCCCAAGGAGGACACCGAGCAGGCCGAGGCUGCACCUGCAGAGAAGGAGGCUGCAGACGUGGGGAAGGAGGAGGCUGGAUCUCCAGCUCCUGCUGAGGGAGAAACCACAGCCAAGGCUGAGGACGGCGCAGCCACCUCCACCAGCAACGACACCCCCAAGAAGAAGAAGAAGAAGUUCUCCUUCAAGUCCUUCAAGCUCAGCGGCUUCUCUUUCAAGAAGAGCAAGAAGGAGACGGGGGACGGAGCUGAGAGCGAGGUGGAAGCAGCAACACCUGCAGAGGAGGCCCAAAAGGAGCCUGCGGAGGAGGCCCAGAAGGAGCCUGCGGAGGAGGCCCAGAAGGAGCCUACGGCCGCCACAAAGGAGACCGAGCCCCCUGAGGUGGGGGCGCAGCCCGCUGAGGAGCAGGCCAAGGAGGAGGUAGAGAAGCAGCCAGAGGAGGAGGCGGUGCCGGAACCUACUGAGGACGCCGCGACUGCAGGGGAGACAAAAGACGAGAAACCUUCCGAGCCUGCAGCUGAGGAGGCGCACAAAACCGAGAAGGCCUCACAGGAAACAGCAGAGGCCCCCACCGCCCCCACCUCCUCCCUCAUCUCCACCCCAGAAGCUGCUGAAUAAGAUCAAAACACAGACAAUCAAACAUUUCGCUGUUUGUAUGUUGGAGUGAUGCCACACUCUGGCUUUGACCCCCCCCCCCCCCCCCC